UGCACACAAACGAUAAUAUAUUUGAUUCCUAUUCGAAUUAUUCGAAUUCGAAUAGUUCGCACAUCUCUAGUUCCCAGCGUUUACUCGACCGGCGUCGAUUAAGCCUAGCUUUCGUAGUUUGCAUUGUUUGUCUGUCGGGUCGCGUAAAAUUGCAAAUGCAUUAUAUUCUGUAAGAGAAUUCGCAGAAUCUACAGAAUCAAACAGAAAGACAGCGCGCACUACGUUAUGUCGAUGUAUUUAGCGUUUAAGUCUUAACCUGAGAAUUUAAGCUUCAUUCAAACAAAGACGGGUUCAAUUCGGGUUAAGACGAAGACGUUGCUAGAAACGAGAAUAAGUCAUGAAAUUGUUAAGAAAUAUCGAUCUGCUUGACAUUUUUGAGAAGGAUCCAGAUCGCCGCGAAUUUACGCUCCGGAUCCGAAUUCGAUGCUUCGACCGUUGGAGUAUUACGGAAAAUUCCUAUUCUUCCGGGUAACCGUAAUUUGUUACGUUUAUCCGCCAUCCGAAUGAUAAUCGGCAACCCGGAUAGUGUCAAGUUUGAAUACGGAUACCUAAGCCCUUCACAUAUACCUCCCCGAACGAUAUGAAGUCCGGCCCGAAGCGUCGUUCGACGAGUGUCGCGCGUACCGUAAUUAUUAUUAUUAUUAUUAUUAUUAUUAUUAUUAUUACUACUACUACUACUACUACUACUAGUAUUAUUGUUAUUAUUAUUAUUAUUAUUAUUACGCCGCCGUGUGUAUACGGCAGCGGCGCGGACUCCUCCUAAAUUCUCUUCGCACAAAUACAAACAACCGACGAGCAAACAAACAAGUAACGACGUAGUGUAACUUACGACGGACCAUAUCAAUGAAUCAUAUCAGUAAUGAAAGAAAAACGAAGAAGAAGAAAAAGAAGACGAAAGAGGAAAGAGAGAGAGGAGUAUAUAUCUCGUCGCUCGGACGCGAGUCUGAGGCGAGAGGCGGCGAGUUUUUGACAUGCUUUUAAAUGCAACGAGCUCUCCUGUGUACAAAGGGUCGCCGAUUGCGAGCAGUCGUUUCUACUGACUUACGUUCUACUCGUCGAGAAAAAUUCGUACUUCGUGCAGGCGAAACGGCCGAGAGAAUAAGAGAGAAAGAGCGACCGAGGCAGGAGGAGAGAAAAGCGCGAUGCAGCCUGAGAGAAGAAUGUGUAGGCUCGCAAAACGAGCCUACUCAAGCCCGAUAUCGAGAGUGUUAAUUAACUAGCCGUGUGUUGUGUCCGCGCGGGGUCCAUAUUCUGAUUUUAGAAUCACCCUCAUGGAAACGCGUCAGAAUUCGAGUGAUCUUCGGGCCAACUUUUCGGUGCUUCGCGAUUCCUCGCAGCAGAGAUUACUUCGAUUACUCUAAAUACUCUUGUUGUCGUUAAUGCCAUUGAGCAAAGUAAACCGGAGAACAAGACAAUCCCCACCCGAGUGUCUAACAAUGUAAAGUCGAUUUGUUUCGUCGCGUUGGGAAAAGAAAGUUGGCCCGCCCGCAACAUCGAUUUCUCAUCGAUCGAGUGCGAAUUUCUCCCGGACGCGUUUUGUCCUCGGACAAGAAUCACUCCCACUUUCGAGUCGGAAGAGGGUUUGCGAAAGCCGGAGUGAAACUUAUGCCUUGUAUUUCGAGUAGAAGCCAUUUUCGUUCGACGUACGAAAAAUCUCGAGGCUGAACCUUGCGCUUUCAACCUCGGUUGUCCGCGGUAACACAAAGUGUCGGCGACUAGCUCGAUUGUCUCGCUCACGGGAGAGAAAGAUAGAUAGAUAGAGAGAGAGAGAGAGAGAGAGAGAGAGAGAGGGGGAGAGAAGGAAUGAUAUAUCGCGUAGAUAUAAAUAUCCAAAGACUCUCCGAAGUACGAGUUUGCCCCGACGGGCGUUUGCUUAGGCUUAAGCUUGCCGUAAGUGAUGAUUUGAGUCGAGGCGACUUCUCUUGAACCCGUGUGUCUCCGUUGACUGCGCGACGAAACGAAACACAACGCUUUACGAGAAUACAAUUGCUUCCCGCGAAACCCGAUGUAAAAUAGAGAGACGUGCGAUAAUAAAGAGGGAGGCUAGGAGGCGCGCGCGAGCGAGGCAGAGAGGAAGGCCGCGUGCAAAACGAGUCUCGAUGCCGAUUAAGUAAGGAUUAUACUCGGCGAAGCCUCUUGAACUCGGAGACGCUGAUCUGAAAAAGACGGCCGUGCGAUCGAAAUAUUAAUUAACUCCACGGUGUCUCUCUCUCAAUCUAAUCGCUAUCUCUCGGUUUAUUAUUUAAAGUAAGUAAGUUCGGCGGUAAUCGAUUGCGCAAUUUUUCGCAACGUUACAGACACAAGAGAGGAGUGAGAUCGAGAAAGAGAAGGAGAAAGAGAGAAGGAGAAGCAGGAGGGAGAGGGAGGUAGUGACAGAUUCUCCUCAUCCCGAGUCUCACUCACCCAGCGAGUCAACUUCGCGAUCAUCGUCGUAGUAGUUUUUAACGUGAAAAAUUAAGAAAAUGUAAAACGCAAGUUUAUUGAGAGUCAGCCUCUCGUCGAGCAUUUAUACGUUUGAGAAAUGUCGAGAAUCGCAAGCGCGAUCCGCGAGAGAGGAUCGAGAGAGAUGCUCCGGAUUCGUUUCGCGUUAAAUUCGAAGCCGUUCGAAUUUAAUAGCCCACUUCUCUCGGGGCUAUCUUCAUGAGAGAGAGAAAGAGAGAGAGAGAGAGAGAGACAUUUAUGUGUCUUACAUUUGUUCCUCGAAUUUCUCCCGAUCGAUUUCGCGACGCCAUCGCGAGGCCAUAUCAGGGUGUCCGAGAGUUCGAGAGGUUUCCAGCUGUCAAGCUGGCACUCGGCGCUCGGCUCGGUACGGCAGGUUCUUUUACGCUUGAAGAGAACAACGCACGCGCGAACGCGCAGGACACGAAGUAGGAAGGAAUGUGAUCGCGCGUUCCCAUUCUCUGUUACACCUACGCUAAUUACACACACGUCCCACUAUUGCGCGAGAGAGUGCAUGUAGAAUGGCGAGCAAAAGGGUGUCUAAUUAUCUAUUUAAAGUAAGCGACCAAUAUGCUGGAAAAUAAAUAGGCUUGUUAUCGCGACGAAUUUGCUCAUUCAUUAUCAAGCGAAGGGAGAAAAAUCGUUAACCAGCUACGAAUCUGUACUCGUACGAGAAGUAAUUGCGAAUUAAACGAUUCUUGAUUCUUGAGGCAACGUUUUCCCUCUCGUCUUUCUGUCACUACGACCUUGCCCACGUCCACUUCUCCUCCACGUCGCCUCCGGAUGCAGGUAGAAGGAGAGAAAAAUGAAGGAUGGAAAACAGGGAGUUUUCGCGACGCGAGUGAAUAAUAUAAAUGAAAGCAAACGGCGAUAUUGAACGGUGUCUUUUCUGGAGAUUUGUCUCUUAUACAUUGUGCCAUCCGCGCUGCGUGAAUUCGUCUGAAGUGAAGCGAAUUAUUAUCGUUUUAACGAACUACCCGGGAAACUCUUUUGUAUUUCCUUUUCUUAAACUCGCCACGACUUUGUAACCGGCAAUCUCCAUAUCUUCAUCGGCGCGCAUGGAUUUAUAAGAGUUUGAAGAAACAAAAUCUCCGAUUCCGCUUGAAGAGAUUUAUUCUCCUAAAAAGCUUGCUCUCUCUCUCGAAAUAAGUCCUCACAGUGGAUUCCUCUCGUCACGUGGAUCAGACUCGGUCGAAAAUGCACCGAGGGGGCUAACCGCAAUUCCUCGCAAUGUUUCUUCGUAACAUUAUUGAGGUUUUCGGGAGCUCCUAGAACCUAGCUUUCGCUCUUACCUUUUCGAACACCACGAGGAGAGCGUUCACUUCGCUCGUUACCCGGACACGAUCCGUCGGCGACUCGACUCCUUCGACUCGCGCGUGUGUCGCGCUUUUUCACCAUCCCCUUUGCGGCGGGGGUGUAACACACGGAAAUAAGACGAAAUCACAGCUUACGGCCGGGUGUCACGAUCGACUACGUCGAGAUCUCGCCCCUUGAUGCCGAGAGAGAGAGAGAGAGAUAGAGAGAGAGAGAGAGAGAGAGAGAGAGAGAGAGAGAGAGAGAGAGAGAGAGAGAGACUCUCUCGGUAGGAGUGGCGGCAGGAGCAAACAAGACAGAACCAAUCGCCGAGGAAGGGUGGUCCAGCCGGUGUUUGUCUUCUCGACCCUCCGCCGGGAUGCCGCGGAAUCGCGCGCACGGGAACCUGACGACGCGUACAUCGGUCGCGGCCAAUCGAACCGACCGGAUCGCCACGAGAGUACGGAAGAAACGAAAUCUCGAGACGAGAUUAUAUAGCACAGAGGCGGCUCGCGCGCAGUUCCGAAUCAACAAUCGCGUGAGGAGCUUUAAACCGCGGAAAAUCGCGCAUCACCACGCCGCCCCGACAUUCUCCCCGGCUUUCGGCAGUUGUUAAGCCCGGCCGAACCUUCGCGCGCUUCUCCUUCCACCCCUUCGAGAGAGGGCUCCGAGUCAGUCGGCGUUGGCGAUCCUCUCGCUUCCUUUGAGACGACCGAUGGAUAAUUAAUUCCUCUCGUAUCGGACUCGCUCGGUAGAUAAUCAUUUAUGCGUCUAAACAUGUGACGGUAUCAUGUUGAACGGCUUCAUCUCUGGCCUCUGUUAACGAGCAAAUGAUGUAACAACGAUCAUUGGUCGAUAUUACGAAUUUCUUCACGCGACUCGGACCUCACUUCGCGCGAUAUCAGCCCGCCGAGAUAUCGCGUAUCUCGGGGAAAAUAAUUUCGAGGGGGUCGAGCGUGUGGAUUAAUCGCGAUGCGAGUGUUGGCGCGCACUCGUCGAUUAUCUCGGUAAGAAAGUGAGAAGGUACAUAAAUGACAUAAUCGACGAGACCUGCAUGCGUCCCGUCGUCGUUCGUACACACGAUUCCACAAACGAGGUGCUGGAACCAUGUGGACGAGCGAGUAGAGACGCAGCGGAGGAUCAGGCCGGGGCCGCUAUGCUUCGCGGCAAGAGCAAGAACAGGUCGGAGAACAACGAGGACAACGAGGCGGAGGGUAAACAGAGAAGACCGAAAUGCGCCCGCUGCAGGAACCAUGGCCUGAUCUCAUGGCUGAGGGGCCACAAGCGGGAGUGUCGUUACAGGGAAUGCCUGUGCCCCAAGUGCUCCCUGAUCGCCGAACGGCAGAGGGUGAUGGCAGCGCAAGUUGCCCUGAAGAGACAACAGGCGGCCGAGGACGCGAUCGCCCUUAAAAUGGCGAAGGUAGCGACCGGUCAGAAGCUCGAUCGGCUUCCACCGGGCAAGAUCUUUGGUAUGUCUGUGACGGAGCCGAAAUCCGCGGUGAAUCAGGACGACGACGCGAUCCUCAGUGCGACGAAGAAGCACGACGGCACCACCUGCGUGGAGGACUCGAAGGAUCCGCCGCGCCCGUCCGCCGUCGACAGCGCGUUAUCAGCUCGCCUGCAGAAUUGUACCGAGAACUUGGAGACCCGCUCGCGGCCUAGAAGCUUCCUCUUCGACGUGCCCGCCAACAAGCUGGAAGGCUCGAAGGAGGCCACCUCAGUGUCACAAACCUCGGUGGAGACCCUGGCCCGUCUCUUCCCGAACACCAAGUUGUCGGUCCUGCAGCUGGUGCUGCAGCGUUGCGGGCAGGACUUGCUGAAGGCGAUCGAGUACUUCGCGAGCGACAGCCUGGGCAUCGAGCCGAUGUCGUCGAGCGGCCGCGCCUCAGCCUUUCGACCCCCGCGACCCCCGCAUACGAUCGUCGACAACGUCGUCGUCGGUGAGCAGCAGCAGCAGCAGCAGCAGCAGUCGCAACCGGUCACGGGCACGAUGCUGGCCCCGAUCUACACCAGCCUGUCCAGGAACGUCUACGGGGACGCCGGUUAUUGCUUGUUGAACAUCGUGCCCGAGCAGUUCGCCAACGUCGUCGCGGCUGACAGCACCGGUAGCGGCCUGCCGAUCGCGAAGACCGCAUCCGACCAGGACACUCUGGCACUCAGCAACUUCCGCUACAGCAAUUACUUCAGCCCCGGUGUGCAGCAGCAGCUGAGGGAACACGUGUGCGCCCAAGUGGCUGAUCGCCUGUCGGCUCGAACCAGCAUACUGCAUCACCUACCGCCCAUGUUGCCGGGCAUUCCUUGCGUACAACCCAAUUGCGCGCAGUGCAACUACAAAUUCUCGUGAACGUACUCUUGGACGAGUUUCUUUUCAGACGUGUACGCUGGUCUGAACUUUACGCGCCAUACACGUAACAAAAGAGACACAUUCAUUACGCUGAGAACUGAAUAACAACCGAGAAAGCCGAACCCUUGCACCGCGAUCAUCUGCUUUCUCAUGUUGAGGAACGACGUGCACACACACACACACAUACACACACACACAUACACACACACACACAUACACACAAACGUGUCUAAGCUUUCAAG